GAACUAAAUGUUAUAAGCUUAAACGUUUUGUUUUGAAUGUCAAUACAGUAUUUUAUAUAAAAAACAAUUCAAUGUCCGAAACAAAUUCGAAUAUGCAAAUUCAAGAGGGAAGCAAUAUACCCGCUUUCCUAGUGAAACUGUGGAAAAUGGUGAAUGAUCCCAAUACAGAUGAAGUGAUCUGUUGGAAUGAGACAGGAACAGGUUUUGUAAUACAAAAUAAAGCCUAUUUUUGGUAUGAACUGUUACCUCUCUACUACAAGCACAACAAUAUGAGCAGCUUUGUUAGGCAAUUAAAUAUGUAUGGUUUCCAUAAGCUGUCAACUGUAGAAAACGGGACCAUGGAUGUGGAUAAAGAUGAGACUCAAUUUUCUCAUCCACUAUUUAAGAAGAAUAGGCCAGAGCUACUUGGAUACAUAAAAAGAAAAGUAAUUGUUUUUAUAAUAUGUAGACAUAAAUUCUCUAUUGACAUUUUUAAGGUUACAAAUCCAAAACCUAAUGAGAAUGUCAGCCAUACAAUAAUCAAACAAGAUGAUAUUACAAAAGUAUUGACAGACGUUAAGCAAAUGAAAGGACGACAGAAUAAAGUAGAUCAGCAAUUGUCAGCAUUAAAAGAGGAAAAUGUUGUUUUAUGGAGAGAAUUAGCUUUAUUACGACAAAAACAUAUGAAGCAACAACAAAUUGUUAAUAAGCUUAUUCAAUUUUUGGUUACAUUGGCUCACACAAAUCAAUCAACACGUAUUGGAGUCGGUGUAAAACGCCGAAUGCCUUUAAUGAUUAAUGAAAGCCCCAACAAAAAGCCAGCCACAAAUAAAACUAAGAAAAUUCCUACAUCGAAAACAUCAAGUACUACUGGACCCACUAUUCAUGAGAUUGACGCAGUGGGAUCCUUGCCGGAAGAUAUUUUCGAGAAUAUGAGUUCGGAACCUAUUAUCAACAGUCCAGAAACACCAGAAUCUAUGACGUCAACACAAGGUACACAGAGACGAUCGUCCAUAGAGGCAAACAACCCAGAGAAUUCUAAGAGUGAAAACCAUUCUAAUCUGGAUAAUAACGUAUUUCUCAAUCCUGCUGCAAGAGACACUGUCUUGAGUAGUCUCACUAAUGGAAGUUACAACCCUGCGGCUGUAGCCAAUGCAAAUAGAAAAAAUGCAGAAAGAAAAGCUAACGAGGCCGAUUCAGAAAUGACCGUUGCUACUAGAAUUAAUAAUGUGGAUGACUUUGACUUGCAUUUAGAAAAUAGUCAGUCAGAACUAGAAUGUUUGAAGGAUCUAUUGAGUGGUUGUACAUCUCUUGACGCGAAUACAUUAUUAGGGCUAUUUAAUGAUGAAUCGCUAAAUUAUGGUAUACCUAAUUAUGAAUCAGAAAGGCAGACUUCUUCUGAAGCUGGUGAUGUUAUCGACUCUAAAAUAGCUCUGCCAACAACGAUUGAUUUCAAUGAACUAUUUGAUUCGGAGCUCGAUGACGAUUCUAAUGUUUAUACAGAUUCACAGUUCUCUAAACAACCGGAAGAUGAUUCGGGAACAAUUAACACCCCCGUAGUUACAAAAAGUGAUCCUUUCUUCAAAAAUUGAUGCACAGCUUUGAAAAGUAACUUAUAUUUGUGUUGCUAAAAUUUCUCGAAAUGAUUUAAAGUUACCAUAUAUAAUAAAUCAUUUGAUUUACUAAAUUAUUCACAAAAAAAAUUAAUGUUGUCCAAAAUUUAAAAUUAUUUAAUAGAAUUUAAUAUUAAAUUAAUGUUAAAAAAUAGUAAACUACUUAUGUAUAUAUGUACGUAUUAAAUAAAGAUAAAUUGGUAGCAA